UGCGUACUCCCUCUCGACUCGCGAGGUUUCGCUGGAGUCCCAGUUUCCCGGUCCCGGGUGGGAGCCGAGGCCCCGGCGAUCCCCGGGAGCUUGGGGCGGCCCGGCAUGCGUUGGGGGCUGCGACCUCGCGGGCCGGGGCCGGGGCCGGGGGCCCUGGCCGCCGCCUGGAACCUGUGGGGGCCGCCCCGCCUCCCCUGUCGCCCCGGGUGGCGGGGGGCGACCCGGGGGCUGGUGGCGCGCUCGGUCGCCGGGGCCAGUAACCAGCUGCAGAAGGCGAGCGACGGCAAGUACCGGGACACGGUGCUGCUGCCGCAGACCAGCUUCCCCAUGAAGCUGCUGGGCCGCCAGCAGCCCGACACGGAGCUGGAGAUCCAGCAGAAAUGUGGAUUUUCAGAACUUUAUUCGUGGCAGAGAGAAAGAAAAGUCAAAACAGAAUUUUGUCUUCACGACGGACCUCCUUAUGCAAAUGGUGACCCUCAUGUUGGACAUGCUUUAAAUAAGAUUUUGAAAGAUAUAGCCAAUCGAUACCAUAUGAUGAAAGGCUCCAACAUCCACUUUGUGCCUGGCUGGGACUGCCAUGGGCUACCCAUCGAAGUGAAAGUCCUAUCGGAGCUCGGUGGGAAAGCUCAGAAUCUGUCAGCGAUGGAGAUCAGAGAGAAAGCCAGGUCAUUUGCCAAAGCAGCAAUUGAGAAACAGAAGUCGGCAUUUAUUCGGUGGGGAAUUAUGGCAGACUGGGACAAUUGCUACUAUACGUUUGACGGCAGUUACGAAGCCAAACAGUUGAGAAUUUUCUACCAAAUGUACGACAAGGGCCUGAUUUACCGGUCUUACAAACCUGUGUUUUGGUCUCCCUCAUCGAGGACAGCCUUGGCUGAAGCUGAACUGGAGUAUAACCCCCAGCACGUCAGUCGCUCCGUGUAUGUAAAAUUCCCUCUCUUGAAACCUGCUCCCAAGUUGGCGUCUCUCUUAGACGGUUCCUCUCCCGUUAGUAUUUUAAUCUGGACCACACAGCCAUGGACGAUUCCAGCGAAUCAGGCUGUUUGCUAUAUGCCAGAUGCAAAGUAUGCCCUUGUGAAAUGUUCCACGUCUGGAGAGCUGUACAUACUGGCUGAAGACAAAGUGACAUUUGUGGCUUCUGCUUUGAAAACAACAUAUGAGGUUAUUUCAACAUUUUCAGGUGCCGAUUUGGAAAAUGGUACUUGCUCUCAUCCUUUACUUCCUGAUAAAGUCUCUCCUCUUCUCCCUGCAAAUCAUGUGACCAUGACCAAAGGGACGGGACUAGUUCACACAGCCCCCGCUCAUGGUAUGGAAGAUUACAGUGUAGCUUCCCAACACAACCUGUCCACGGAUUGUUUAGUGGAUGAAGAUGGCGUUUUCACAGCAGCUGCAGGGCCUGAACUUCAAAACAAGGCUGUCCUUGACGAGGGGACGGAUGUGGUUAUAAAGAUGCUUCAGGCUUCAAAGAAUUUGUUGCUAGAGGAGAAAUUGGAACACAGUUAUCCCUACGACUGGAGGACUAAGAAGCCAGUGGUUAUUCGUGCCAGCAAGCAGUGGUUUGUAAACAUCUCGGAGCUCAAGGCCACAGCCAAGGAAUUGUUAAAAAAGGUGAAAUUCAUUCCUGGAUCAGCCCAGAAUGCCAUGGUUGAAAUGAUGGACAGGCGGCCAUAUUGGUGUAUUUCCAGGCAAAGAGUGUGGGGUGUUCCGAUUCCCGUGUUCCAUCAUAAGACAAAAGACGAAUUCUUGAUCAACAGCCAGACCAUCGAGCACCUCGCUAAGCUGGUGGAGGAGCAUGGCAGUGAUGUUUGGUGGACUCUGCCCCCUGAGCAGCUCCUUCCAAAGGAAGUCUUAUCUCAGGUCGGUGGGCCCGACGCGCUGGAGUACGAGCCGGGCCGGGACAUCCUAGACAUCUGGUUUGACAGUGGGACCUCCUGGGCCUGCGUGCUGCCAGGUACGGACCAAACAGCAGAUUUAUACUUGGAAGGAAAAGACCAGCUCGGCGGGUGGUUUCAGUCUUCCUUAUUAACAAGCGUAGCCGUGAGGAAAAGAGCCCCUUUUAAGACAGUGGUGGUCCAUGGGUUCACCCUUGGAGAAAAGGGAGAGAAGAUGUCCAAGUCUCUAGGGAAUGUCAUUGAUCCUGAUGUUGUCAUCAAUGGAGGAAAAGACCAAAGCAAAGAGCCUCCUUACGGUGCCGACGUCCUCCGCUGGUGGGUCGCCGAGUCCAACGUCUUCGCCGAGGUGACCCUGGGCCCCUCCGCGCUGAACGCCGCCCGAGAGGACAUCUCCAAGCUCAGGAACACACUCCGCUUUCUUUUGGGGAACGUGGCUGAUUUCAACCCGGAGACCGAUUCCGUCCCCGUGGACAAGAUGUACGUCGUGGACCAGUACGUGCUGCACUUGCUGCAGGGCUUGGCCAGGAAGAUCGACGAUUCCUAUAAACAGUAUGAUUUCGGGAAAGUCAUUCGGCUGUUACAAGCCUUUUACACCCGAGAACUUUCCAACUUUUACUUCAGCAUAAUCAAGGACAGGCUCUACUGUGAGAAGGCAAGCGAUCCCAAGCGCCGCUCCUGCCAGACCGCGCUGGCGGAGAUCCUGGAUGUCCUGGCCCGCUCCUUCGCGCCCAUCCUCCCUCACCUGGCCGAGGAGGUGUUCCAGCACGUGCCUUACAUUCAAGAACCCAAGAGUGUCUUCCGCACGGGCUGGACCACCACCAGCUCCGUCUGGAAGAAGCCGGGGCUGGAGGAAGCGAUGGAGAGCGCGUGCGCCAUGAGGGACUCGUUCCUCGGGAGCAUCCCAGGCAAGAAUGCCGCCGAGUACCAGGUGACCAUCGUCAUCGAGCCGGGGCUGCUUUUCGAGAUCAUCGAGAUGCUGCAGUCGGAGGAGACGUCCAGCACCUCCCAGCUGAAUGAACUCAUGAUGGCUUCCCAGACCACACUCCUCUCCCAGGACGCACCCAACAUGCCUGCCGACACCACUGAGCUGAAAGGGACCUUCCUCAUCAACCUGGAAGGUGGCGACAUCCGGGAGGAGUCAGAGUAUAAGGUGAUCGUCACGCCCACGACCAAAGAGAAGUGCCCUCGCUGCUGGAAGUUCACGGCCGAGUCCUCGAACACACUCUGUCCCCGCUGCGCUGACGUCGUCGGGGGGAAGUAGUGCCUCGCGCUCCGCGGACAGCUGCUCCCGGCCCGGCCCGGCAGGCCUGGCCGCGGGUCAGGUGGACUGUUUACAACCCCGGGGAGCAACGCUAGGUGGAGGGUGAGCGCCAGAGUUAAGGGAGCUAAGGUUUCCUAUCGCUGGAUAAACAGUGUGUACACACCUGCAGAGUCGUAUGUGCAGAUGGGGACUGGGGUAUCCAGGGUGGACUCGCUCAGAACACGGGCACUGAGUCCGCUUACCUUCAAGUGAGCUGAGCAGGAAACGUUUUAUAUUGUACAAAUCUUCCUGACUCAGCACUCAGGCUGUACAGUGUCGACAAAUAAAGGCAUUCUGGAAAA